UUUAUAUGAAAUAUCGUCUGGAUAGAUGUCUCACAAAGCAAAGAAACGGAAUAAGAACAAAGAUUAUCGCUAAAACAAAUAUAUAAACACAAAACCAAACAGAUAAUUGAAUACACACUCGUGCUUACAUACGCAAGAUCAACAACACAGAUCUUUAGAUUUUUCACAAAAGUUUCAGACGGAAAACGGAAAAAGCUAUUCAGAUUGUCUUCGAGUCAGUCGUUUGAUUGAUAUUUUGUAUAAAAAUUAAGUUUCACCUACAUAUAUUGUGUUCUCUUCGGGGCUUUCGAAUGAAAAGUGAAAGUGUGAACCGAAGAAGUGUCUAACACAAAGCGUCGAGCAAAAGUUAUUUAUCAUAGCCAUUAACCACAAAUGUGUCUGAGUGUUCUCUAAAAAGCCAAAUCCGUCAAAAGAAGUUACCUUACUGAAUUGUGAUGGAUAAACAGACUAAAGCCUAGAAAUAACAAUAUAUGUGUGUGCAUAUUCUAAAAUACAUAAAAUUAGUGCCUGUUAUCAGACGUUUACUAAAAAAAAACCUGCAUUGAAAAAUAGAGUUUAAAAAUCGUGGUGCAAAUUAAUUUAUAUUUGCUCUAAGAGGAGUCUACAAGUCGUACAGCGCAAUAAAUUCGGAUUUUAUAAAAACUUAAGGAUAAAAAUAAAGAGUGAUAACAACAAAUAUGAGAGCAGAGGAUAUACCGCGUGUGCGCAUCGCAGUCAUUGGAAAUGCGGAUGUCGGAAAAUCAGCAUUGACAGUGCGCUAUCUGACAGGCCGAUUUAUUGGCGAAUAUCGCUCAAACACAGAUCUGCUGUAUAAUAAAACGAUCUCACUGGAUGCCGGUCUGACGGAAGUAGAAAUUGUUGAUGUAUAUGCCGGAAAUGAGGAUGAUUUUCCAGUAGAACAAGUUCUUUGGGCCGAUGCUUGUAUGGUUGUUUACAAUAUAACGGAACGCAGAAGCUUUGACUACGCCACCAAAUGUCUGGGUGAAAUUAAAGCGUUACAGAAUAGCCCAUCAGCCUAUUUGAUAGGCAACAAAGCCGAUUUGGAUCACUUGAGAGAGAUACCCGAAAAGGAAGGUGCCGCACUGGCCGCUGCACAUUCACUUGGUUUCUGUGAGGUUUCCGUGGCCGAGUAUACCCCUAUUUUGUCCAAGGCCUUUGAAAAGUUGAUCAUCGACUCACGAGCGCGCCCACAAAAACAGAUCCGCAAAUUUUCGGUGAGCAAAAUGCUGGGCACACUGAUCGGCAGCAGCGGCUAUGGCAGCAGUCGUAACCUGGCCAUCAAUCAGGGCACCGUGAUUCCCUGCCACAAGGGCGAGCUGCACAAGACACGUGUGUUGAAGCGUCGACAGGGCUUCAUGGCCACGUCCAGUUUGUGACCAGCUGCCGAAACAGAUUGGUAGAGGGAGGGCAUAUGGGUUUUAAACAAUUUUGAUAUAAAUAUUUAUACAUAUAUGUGGUAGUAUAUAGUAUAUGUAUGUAGAAGCAGAAAAAUAGAUUUUUUUUAUUUAAAGUAUAAAUAAUAUUCUGCACAUGUCGCUCUUAUUUAUAAGUACAGAUGAGAAUGUAAGACGUUGAAAUUGUUGAAGGAUUUUGAUUGCUGACCUUUUUAGCUUUAAAACCGAUAACAAAUCAAACAGAAAAUUCAGCUUACUUGUGCAUGCACAUAUACAUAUGUAUGUAUGUAAAAGAGUUAAUUGUAAGUAAUUUUUCAUAUUUUUCAUUUUGGUUUUUUGUUUUCAUGUUAAAGUUAAAUGAAAACAACUGUUUUGUGUUGAAAUGGAAUUUCCGAUAUUAAGAACAUAAUUUAGUUGCUGGUGCUCAAAUUCAAAAAAAUUGCGAAAAUAUAUAGACACACAGUAUUUUCAUUCCAUAUAAUUCCAUAAUUUCACACAUGUACGCACAUACAAAUUAUGUUAUACAUUUUGGCUACAAUCAAACAAUUUAGAAAUUCAAGUGCUUCAUUACAUAUACAGACAUACAUUUGCGUGUGUAUAUGUAUAUAUAAGUACAUAUGUAUAUACACACAAGUGCAUACACAAAACGUAAAAAACAAUUUUUUCUAUCAACUUGAUACGUUCGAAAUUUCAUUUGAAAACAAAAUAAUGUUGGAUUUCAAAUACUGAAAUUAUGCGUUUUUUGUUUUUAAAAAAUGCGCCUGCAAAAUAAUCUGUGAUAUGUAUUUAGAAGAAGGAUUUUUUAUCUAAAGUAGUUUUGUAUGCAUUAACGGAACAGAACAUUAUUAUCUUAAGCACAGUUAAUAAGGAACGAAAUUUUGCUCAAAAAAUUAUUGACAAAUAAUUCGCCCAGCGCAAAAUACUUAAUCGUGCUGUACGUACAAGCAUAAUUGAAAUAAGAAGUAGUAGGUUAAAACUAGUCGAACUAACCGAAAUUGUAAUAUUUUAUAAGUUGAAAAUGUUAUUAAUUUCCACCUGCAAUAAUAAUUGUAGCUUCGUGUAUUUUUCUUUUAUAAAUUACUCUAUGUUUAUAAAAUCUAAGUGCAAAAGAAGUUUUCGAAGUUAAACUUUUAACCAUUGCAAAAGCGUUAAUGCUCGAAAGCUUCCCUCAGCGACUAUGACCUUCAGUGACAUUUGCUUCAAAUGCAAGUGGCAUUGAGAAAUCAUAUUCCGAACUUGUAUUCCAUACACUCGUACAAGUAAUGAAGUUGACCAUCGCAUCGUCAUCGUUUGCACUCAUUUGACCAUCGAAAUACAGUUGGAAAGAACGAAGAAGUGCCUAUCAGUAACUUGGCUUGCAAGCUCUAAGCCUAAAUGAAAGAUUUACUGACUGGCACUUGGAACAAUAUCAACAAUUUUCACGGUAAAUAAAUUCCCUAUAAACGUUGGGAGUGCAUUUUGUUGUUUGUAAAUUUGCUUUUGCUAUUGAAAUUUUAUUUAUUAUUUAAAGUGCAGAGUAUUGUUAGCUAACCACUUACGGAACAAAAACAUUUGAAUUUGAAUUUAAAUUUAAGCCGUCAAUAAUUGAAACCAUUUCCACUGUAUUGUAAAUAUUAAAGAAAAUAAAUGUUUAAUAAAUUUCGUGAGAAAUUUUAUUCAAAUGAAAUCCUAC